GUUCAGAGAAAUCAGAAUCUUUCAAUCUUUUUAUCACUUUUUUCUUCUUCUUCCCCACUUUCACUCUUACCCGUUAGAUUCUCAUCAACCAAUUCUCAACCGUAGAUUUAACAACACUAAGAUCCUCUUAACUCCCCGCCAUUUACUUCUUUGCUAAAAUCUCAACCCUAGAUUUCCUCUUUCUUCACACUUCACUCUUUCUCUCUCCUCUUUUUUCUCUCUCCAACCAACCUUACAACCGCAGCACAAAGAUGGGUUCUUCUUCUUUCUCCAAAUAAUCCAACACCCACAAAAAAAAAUCACAAAAAAAUGGGUGAAGAAGACGAAAAACUCAAAAAAUGUACAAAAUCCCGAAACUACCCUUCACCGUCGACCACCGGAGAAGAGAAUCUCCGGCGAAUAAUCAACGAGAUAGAUUCUCUCUCCUCUUUAACUCACACCAUCCGUGUAUUCUCAGUAAAAUGGCAAGUUAUUCGAAAGAAGCUCGACGAGCUAAGUUCAUUAUUAACCGCAGCAGAAAUACCAAAACAACAUCAACAUAAACAACAACAACACCAGUGUUUGGUUGAUGAAACAAGUACAAUCUCCGAUACUUUGAGUGAAUGCCGCGAUCUAGCAGCGCGCUGCAUCAACGUUUCCUACAGUGGGAAACUGUUGAUGCAGAGCGAUUUAGACAAAGUGAUUUCCAAAAUUGAGGAUGAAGCGAAACAUCUAUCUAAUAUUUUCAGCAACUCAGGUGUAGUAACUGGAGAUCUUGCGCUAGUUGUACUUAGACCCGUAUUUGGAGCAGGGAAAGAUGAUAUGAAGUUUUAUGUUAAUGAUUUGUUAACAAGGUUAAAGAUUGGUGAUGUUGAAAUGAAACGACAAGCGCUUGUUUCACUUAAUGAAGUGAUUGUGGAAGAUGAGAAAUAUGUAAAGAUUGUUGUUGAAGUUGGUGAUUUCGUUAUGUAUUUAGCGAAUUGUUUGGAUUCGAAUGAUUUUGUUAUACGUGAACAAUGUGGAUUUGCUAUAUCUGUGAUUUCGGGUUUUGAUGUUUACAAAGGAGUGUUGAUUUGUUCAGGUGUUAUCGGGCCAUUGAUUCGAGUGUUGGAGAGUGGGAGUUUGAAGGCGAAAGGAUAUGCAAUUACAAGUUUAGAGAAGUUAACUGAAAAUGGUGAGAAUGCUUGGGCUGUUUCAGCUCAUGGCGGAGUUACUGCAUUGCUUAAUUUAUGUUAUAACAAUGAGAUUGAAUUGGAAUUGAUUGGACCAUGUUGUUGGGUUUUGAAGAAUUUAGUUGGGGUUGAGGAAAUCAAGGGGUUUAUGAUUGAAGGAGGAGCGAUUUCGAGUUGUAUUAAGUUGAUUAAAGGAAGAGAUGAGAUGGGUCAGAUUGCUGCAGCUGAGUUCUUGCAAUCUAUGAGUUCUGGAGAUGAGAAUGUGACUCAAUUGGUGAUCAAAGAAGGCGGAAUUCGAGCUUUAGUUCGUGUUGUUGAUCCUAAAUCGAAUUUCUCCUUUAAAUUGAGGGAAACUGCAUUGAGGGCGAUUGAGAAUAUGUGUUUUUCAUCAGUAGAGUAUGUUAAUUUGUUGAUAAAUUAUGGAUUUAUGGAUCAAUUACUCUACUUUCUUCGAAAAGGAGACGUUUCGAUACAAGAAUUAGCCUUUAAAUCAGCCUGUAGAUUAUGUGGAACAUCAGAGGAUGCAAGAAAAUCAAUGGGAGAUGGUGGUUUCAUGGCUGAAUUUGUUAAGUUUUUAGAGGCAAAAUCUUAUGAAAUUCGAGAAAUGGCAGCUGAAGCAUUGUCUACUUUAGUUUUGGUUCAUAAAAAUCGGAAGAAAUUUGCCAAUGAUGAUCAUAACAUUGGUUUAAUCCUUCAAUUAGUUGAUCCAAAAGAGGGAAAUUCUGGUAAUUUUAAGUUCUUAUUGUCUAUAUUAUUGUCACUUAGCAGCUGCAAUCAUGCCAGAAGAAAAAUUGCACAUUCUGGGUAUUUUAAGAACAUAGAAAAACUUGCUGAUGAUGGUGUUUCUGAUGCUAAAAAAAUUGUGAGGAAAUUAUCAACUAAUAGAUUCAGGAGCAUGUUAAAUGGUAUUUGGCAUUCUUGAAAGAGUGAAAAAUAUGUAAGUUUUUUUUUUAUGUUUUGAUUUUUUUGGGUUUUUUUUUCUUAUAAUUUUUUUUUACUGUACAUCUGCAUAUAUGUGGGAUGUUUUAGUUUGUAUACCCACCUCCAUCUUCUUAUCUCAUUCUAAUUACUGCUUCUUAAUCUACCACAUAAAUACUGCUUUUAAUGCAGCAUUUUGGUUAGUUUGUAACUAUCACUAUUAAGGAUGAAAAAAAAGGUACAUUUAGAAAGUUGAUAUUAUAGAUUUCAUUUGAUGUAAUGCUUUAUUUUUAACUGAUUCAAUUACAGUUAUGUGA